GACUACCCGGCUUCCGUCACCUUACUCACCUUGGUUCUUAUUUACUAUUCGUCUUCCGGCCCGUUGCUACUUCUUCCCCAAGCGCUCCGCCGCCCUCUCUUCCUUGUCGACCCGGUCACCUGUUGCCUAGAUUGUUAGGUUUUCCUCUUUGUGCUCUGCACCUCUGCUCCACAGAUCCGUCAUCAUGCCACCUCAGCUGUUACCGGCCUCGGCCGCCGCCUUUGCGCCUCGCGCCUCCUCGGUGAACGUCGUGCUUGGCUCCAAGGUCGAGCCGUGGUUGACACAGACUCUUAAGCGCAUCAACAAGAUCAAGCGUCCGCUCAACAGCGUACCGCAACACCAAAGAUGCCUCACCGAGACACUGUCGUCCCCAAACGCCAUCUGGAACCUGGCCUCCCUGCUGCUACCCAAGACACCCGAGGCGGAGCUGAGGAGGGACCCCAACCCGUUGAUCGAGGCCGUCCUCAACUACGAGCUCACCCACCUUGAGGCUUACAUCGUGCACGUCGACAUGGUGCUGAGGAACGAGGUUGCUUACAAGCUGACGCCCGAGACGAUCGAGUCGCUCAUCGACUACCACAAGGACAUCCACUGCGUCGACGCCAAGGCCAACACCUACGACUGGUCCGAGAAGGAGCAGCAGUGCAAGAAGCUUCACGAGAAUUUCGUCCAGGCCAUCAACAAGUUUGUCUACAGGACCCACGUGUCGGCACUCGAGGGACUGGAGGAGGAUGGUGCCGGGGAACUGCUCGGAGGGAGGAGUGAGGAAGUCAAGAACAACAUCAUGGGUCUGUUCAAGCCGUUGCUGCCGCCGCCGCCGAGGAUCGUCGACGUCGUCCGCCAGCCGCCGCUCCUGCCCAGCUCGCCUGCCGGCGCGGCUAUCUGGUCCCAGCCUUCGCCACCGGCCACGAUGCCCGCCCCGGUCGAAUCCUGGAAAAUCCUGCCGUCAAGCCCAGGCGUAACGUCGACUUCGGCCGAUUCAACGGGAUCGAUCUGGGUACCCAUGGGAAUGAGCGAGGUGCAACUGCCAUCGCCCCCGCCAGCCUUCAGCCAACCAUACUCAACUACUGGCAUGUACUACAGCUCGCCCCUCGUGACCGCGCCCAUCCCGCAGCUCCCGCUCCCCAGCAUGCUUGCGCCUCAGUGCGGCAUCACCGUGGGCUACAACUCAUUCGGCGGCUGGGAUACGCGCUAUCAAGAGUACGCGGCGACCAUGUGACAAUCACCGCCCCCGGUCUACGAAACAAGCUACCCGGCCGUGACAACAUCACCCUGAGCGCCCCAGCAAAAGCGCGGCCGGGCGCAACGACACCCGUGGGCCGCCGGGCUGGCAGACAGCGCGAUGGUGGCGAUCCCCCGUCACACUCACCUCAAUCAGAGGCAUAUCGGCAUUUCCUCAAUUUGCAUGGGCUGGAGCGAUCCAAAACACUCGCAUACCCCUCUCGAAGCAUCUCCGGUCGG